CUCGCCGGCGUCAAUCACCUUUCUCACCAAACACACGCCAACAUGGAGAACGCAAGGAAGACGUGGGAGCUGGAAAACGCCGUCAACCUCACAGACGCCACUCGCGAUCAAGUAUACGAUUACUCGGUCGAACAACAAAAGGACAUCAACAACAAGAAGCCAUGGCGCUCAGAUCCCAACCACUUCAAGCAUGUCCACAUCUCGUCCGUCGCCCUACUUAAAAUGGUCAUGCACGCUCGCUCCGGUGGCAGCAUUGAAGUCAUGGGCCUCAUGAUCGGCUACGUCCUGAAUGAGACCUUCGUCGUCACUGAUGCCCUCCGCUUGCCCGUCGAAGGUACAGAAACCAGAGUCAAUGCUCAAGACGAAGCCAACGAGUACAUGGUCCAAUACCUUCAACGUUCGCGUGAAGCCGGUCAGCUCGAGAACGCCGUCGGCUGGUACCACAGUCAUCCUGGUUACGGCUGCUGGCUCAGUGGCAUCGAUGUCUCAACCCAGUUCACACAGCAAACUUUCUCCGAUCCCUUUGUCGCUGUCGUUAUCGACCCUGAUCGCACUGUCAGCUCUGGCAAGGUCGAGAUUGGCGCUUUCAGAACAUACCCCGAAGGCCACAUCCCUGCCGGUGCCGAGUCUGCUGGUGAAGGCAUGGCUGCUGUUCCUCUUGCCAAAGCUGCCGACUUUGGUGCUCACGCAAACAAGUACUACUCUCUGGACGUCACACACUUCAAAUCCUCGCUCGACAACACCCUGCUGGAAGCCCUAUGGAACAAGUACUGGGUCCAGACUCUGUCAUCUUCACCUCUUUCCACCAAUCGCGAAUACGGCACCAAGCAGAUUGAGGAUCUGGCCGGCAAGAUCAACCAGGUCACUCAGAGCGCCAAGCAAAGAGGCUCAAUGUCUAUGCGUCCAGGUGCCAAGGGUGAUGCUGCAAUGGACAAGGUAGUCUCUGCAGCUGACAAGAUUGCCAAUGAGGAAAAGACCGGUCUGUUAGCUGCCCAGGUCAAGGAGAAGGUCUUCUCCGCGCCCCUACAAGCUGCAAGUGCUGGAGAUGGCAACGGCGUCGAGGUUAAGAUGCAGGAAGCCAUGGAAGAGUAGAGGAUGAACGCGCAUAUGCAGACGAUGACACGAAAUUGCAUGGGUUUAAUGGCGUACAUCUGGCUGGAGACACGCAUUUAGCACGGCGUUUUAAGGGGAUACAGACGAUAAAGUCGUGGACUAUUAGAGUGGAAAGACAUGCGAGCAGUAAAUACAAUACUUCAAGAUUGCUGCGUCUCGAAAUUUGUGUGAAUUUCAUCUUGUUCGACGCGUAACUGCC